AUGGGGCGUCCGGAGAUGUCUUAUAGCCCUGCCUACCGGGACCAGCAAACCCGCGGUCUCGUACUUGCGUCUCCUCCUCCUCCGCCUCCUCCGCCGCCGCCGACUGCCCGCCGAGCUCUCGACCAACCCUCUGUCCCUGGCGGAGUGCUCUGCCAGUCCUCGGACUCAUUUGACGGCCACGACGCCAGUCCGAGCACUCGCUCCUACAUCCCCGACCCCUCCCACGUGGUCUCCGCCUCCAUUGGUGCCCGGACAUCCGUUUCUAGCACCACGCACAAGGAAGCCCGCACCCGCACUGGCUCGGCAGAUCAGCCGUCCAUGUCCAGCGAGCUGGGGGGUUCCAGCGCAGCCCGCGGGCCGAAACGAACUACUCCGGAGGACGAUGGGUCGACAGAUGACAGCGAGGAUGCGGUGUUGAUGCUGUUCCGCCUCUCCCUCCCCGUCCCAAUCUUCUCCCUCGCUGCCUCCCUCUACGCCGUCUCCGCCAUCAUCUUCGCCGUCCUAAUCUCCCCACUCCGCCUCUGCUCCAUAUCCCACUACCUCCACACCACCUCCUUCGCCUCGCAGCUCUGCGACCUCCUCUCUCCAGCACUACAUAUCCACGAGCGUCUAGUCAACCUACGAACAUCCUCCAACACAGCCCGCUCCCAAUCCACACAAUGGAUCCACGCAGACCCAGACCCCGAGCCCGACGGACCGGUGGUCGUCCCCUCGGACUCGCACGAGUACUAUUCCGUGACAGGUCUGAUCCUCGUCCUGAUGCUCUCCAUCUUCGGAUGUCUUGCUGUCCUGCUCUCUGUCUGGACAGCGGCCUUCUUCUGGGUCUUUGCUAUGAUGCUGGGUAAUCCCGACGGCACGGAGCGUAGCGAUGAUGGCCGCGCUGCUGUGCUGGGUGUUUGUAAGUGGUGGCAGACUUGGUUGGGUAAGGCGAGGAAAGUUAGAUAG